UCUACGGUGACUACGGUUCACCUACAGCGGAUUAUUAUUGAGAAGAAAAGUAACAGAAUCUGCUACUCUGAUAAAAACCGAAGACCUCUAGUCCUCAAGAUGAAAGUGUUUACUGCCAUUUCCCUCAUCUUGAUAAUCUGUUUGGUGUUAUCAGAUAUUGCAUAUGCUCCUAAAAAACGUGGAAAGCACAAGUACCGAUACCAUGUACAUCGCAGUCAUCAUUCCAAGGCCUAUGUACCAUUAAGUGCUUUAUCAACAUGUUACUGUAAUAAAAACCCCUGUGCAACAAAUAACGGAGGAUGUGAGGACUUGUGUGUAAAUACGUACGCGGGCCAUUACUGUGCAUGUAGCCCAGGCUUUCAACUGGUGGCUGGAGAAAACGAUACAACAUCGUGCGAUUAUGAUGUUAGUUGUGUGGCAUUGGAUGCCUUGAAUGGACAACUUGUAUGCAUCUGUGAGGAUCCCAUUGGAAGAUACCCAGUCAAUGGAACAAGGUGUCAGGACAGGGAUGAGUGCCAGGAAGACUCCCCCUGCCAGUCAAAGUGCACCAAUACGAUAGGCAGUUUUGAGUGUGGUUGUGCGGUUGGGUUUGAACUCUCAAACGAUUCUAGAACAUGUGUUGAUAUUGAUGAAUGUGUGCACAAUAAUACAUGCACAGAUGGCCUGUGUAUUAAUACCCCUGGAUCUGUCACUUGCUUCCGUAUUGCAUCAUUGAUAUCAGGACGCAAAAAACGAGAGACAACUAACACUGGCCCUGGUGAAGACGUACUAGAUUACGACUUGAAUUUUGAUGUCAAUGUGGACAACAGAGGUGGAUUCACUGAAGCUCAACUACCAGUGAGAGAUAAAAUUCAGCAAAGCUGGAGUCGAGUACAAGAAAAAAUGGACUCUCUGCCAGUCUCUCAGAUUGAAACUCAAGGAUGUUGGCAAUCUGUUAUCUAUCUUUGUAUUUCUGUAAUUUCAAUAUUUAUGUCAUUAGUAUUGUUGAAAAGAGUUGAGAGAGCAGAGAGAGCAAUUCAAAAAUUGACUUCUUGAAGUGAAGCUUAAAUAUCUGAAAAAGAGGAUGAAGGAAGAGGGUGCCCUUCUUACCUGUUGCACAAUUAGACGAUGGUUGUUAUCAGUAACAAUAUUCAAAAUAGCUACCAAACACCAACUUCUGUUUUUGUUAAAUUGCAUUUCAAAUAACAAAGCAUGUGAUUUUCAUUGAUUGUCAUGUAUUUUCACUUCACUUUGGAUAUAGCUCAUAUUAUAACAGGCAUAUUAUCUUAAUAAUGAAAAUAGUUCAGGUACCACUUGCAUAAAAACUAUUUUGACUUGAAAAAAAAAUGCAUGGUAAAUGGCAACCAAACAGAAGAAAAAUGUGAAAAAAAUUAAUAAUAUGGCAUUUCUAUGUUUGAAAAUAAAUUAAUAUUUUGAUAGAUGGUUCACUUUCUGUGCUACAACAAAUGGAUGCUUUUUAAUGUACUUUAUGUUGCUGACAAAAUACAUAAUGAUACUUACAUAAUAAAAUUGACACAAGAUUGUUGGAUUUUUUCAUAGUAUACAUGAAAAAGAAUGAUUUUGGCACAUCCAGAUGUCAAUAAUCUUACUGAAUGGUCAUUGGCAGAAGAUGGUUAACCCCCACAAUUGUUCAACCACCUAUGCCAAAAAGCAUGGAAAAUGGGAACUCUGUAACUAAAUAUAUGACAUAAUAUGGUUAUACAGUUUGUGCAUGGUGGUCAAUGUAGACAAAUCCCUAAAGUCUUAACACUCACUAUUGAUUGGCGGCAAUAAUCAGUGCAUCAGUAAUCUCUUACCAGAAUAUGUGA